AACCGACUUCAAUUCUCCAUACUUCAUUUGGGUUUCUGUAGCUCUUCUUGGGGUGUGUCUAGUGUGACAUUCCAAGUGUCAGUUCAUUGUGUUGUAGCAGAGAGAGCUAAACAAGCUCAUAUACUAGGCUUAGAUCAAUUAAAGAACAAAACCCAUCUCUUUGUUUUCCUUCUUUUUUCAUAGAUUUUGAGUGCAUAGAGCUAAAGACUUGUUCUUUUAUCUUACACAAAUUAAAAGGCCUGAAUUUUUGUGUCUUUUAUGACAAAGAUGGGUGACAAUACAAAGAACCAGCAGCUUCAUCACCACCAAAUUUUUGACGUCUCAGUUGAUGUGCCUCCACAAGGAGGCUCCAAGUGCUUUGAUGAUGAUGGUCGUCUCAAACGAACUGGAACUGUUUGGACUUCAAGUGCUCACAUCAUUACUGCUGUGAUUGGUUCUGGUGUUCUUUCCUUGGCUUGGGCCACAGCUCAGCUUGGAUGGGUGGCUGGUCCUUCUGUCAUGCUGUUGUUCUCCUUUGUCACUUACUACACUUCCACUCUUCUCUCUGCUUGCUAUCGUUCCAGCGAUUCUGUCACUGGAAAGAGAAACUAUACUUACAUGGAUGCUGUUAGAUCCAACCUUGGUGGAGCUAAGGUCAAAAUCUGUGGAUAUGUUCAGUACUUGAAUCUUUUUGGAGUUUCUAUUGGCUACACAAUAGCAUCAUCUAUAAGCAUGAUGGCAAUAAAAAGGUCUAACUGCUUCCACAAGAGUGGUGGGAAGAAUCCAUGCCAUAUAAACAGCAACCCCUAUAUGAUUGCUUUUGGCAUCACAGAAAUUAUUUUCUCUCAAAUUCCAAACUUUGAUCAACUUUGGUGGCUCUCCAUUGUUGCUGCAGUCAUGUCCUUCACUUACUCAACAAUUGGACUUGGCCUUGGAAUUGCUCAAGUUGCAGCAAAUGGAAACAUCAUGGGAAGCAUGACUGGAAUAAGUAUUGGCACUGUGACUCCAAUGCAAAAGAUGUGGAGGAGUUUCCAAGCACUUGGUGACAUAGCUUUUGCAUACUCUUACUCUCUCAUCCUUAUUGAAAUUCAGGACACAAUAAGAUCCCCACCAUCUGAAUCCAAGACAAUGAAGAGGGCCACUCAAAUUAGUGUGGCAGUCACUACCCUUUUCUACAUGCUCUGUGGCUGCAUGGGAUAUGCUGCUUUUGGAGACUUAUCCCCUGGAAACCUCCUCACUGGUUUUGGUUUCUAUAACCCAUUCUGGCUCCUCGACAUAGCCAAUGCUGCUAUAGUAAUCCACCUUGUUGGUGCAUACCAAGUCUAUGCUCAGCCCCUUUUCGCCUUUGUUGAGAAAACUGCAGCACAAAAAUUCCCGGAUAGCGAUUUCAUCAAGAAAGACAUCAUAAUCCAAAUCCCGGGAAUCGGUCCUUACAACCUUAACCUCUUCAGAAUGAUUUGGAGGACAGCUUUUGUGAUCAUAACCACUGUGAUCUCCAUGAUCCUCCCCUUCUUCAACGACGUGGUUGGACUUCUCGGGGCUUUUGGGUUUUGGCCACUCACAGUGUACUUCCCUGUGGAGAUGUAUAUUGUUCAAAAGAAGAUCCCAAAGUGGAGCACAAGAUGGCUUUGCCUCCAAAUCCUAAGUGUUGCUUGCCUUAUAAUAACCAUAGCAGCUGCUGCUGGCUCAAUUGCUGGGGUGGUCAGUGAUCUCAAGGUCUACAAGCCAUUCAAGACCAGCUACUGAUUUAGCAGAAUUUAACCAACUGCCCAUUUAUUCAGCAUUUCCUAAAUCAAGGAAGGAAAGAGAAUUGGUCAUUGGGGUCAAUUCUUGUUCAUGUUCAUAUAACAAAGCAUAAAUUGGUGUUGUUGAUGUUAGUUUUUGUUGCUUAGUGUCUCUGUGUUGGUUUUUACUGUCUUCAAAGAAAGAAAAGGCGGUGCCAUGUAUGUAUUCAUCUGAAAUCAAAUCAAGCGUACUUCCCAUUUCCCAAGUAA